CUCGCAUUGGCAGUGUUUCGUUCCGUGUCGCCAUCGUAUCAUCCGCAUCUUCGCCAUUAUUGCGCGAGCGCAUCACUAUUCUCCUAUUACCAGAGUAUAUUACUUUUGAACGCAUCGUAUAUACAUAUACACACCACAAUUUUCGCAGAUGUUUCUAUGAUGGACGAGAUUAACGAUAAAAAUUCGAACGACGAAAGUCCUUCGACGGAGGAAAAGAAUGAGAUAAAGUCGAUCGAUCGUACGAAAGAAAGAAAACGUUCAAAGGAAGAGAAGAGCAGAAAGAAGGAAAUCAAAAAGACCGGAGAACAAUGUUUAGAAGCUAUGAACGAUGUACAAACUUUGAAAGAAAAGCUGGACGUAAUGUCCAAGAAAUACUCUGAUAUUGUGGACGACAAUAAGAGAUUGUUAUUAAAUUUGAAGCAGUCAGAGAAGAAGAUAAUGUUGUUGCAACGAGAGAAAGAACAGUUCCAAAGUGAACGUAAUAAAGCACUUUUAACUAGAAAAAGAUUAGAAAAUUUGUGUCGUGAAUUGCAAAAACAGAAUAAAACUGUUAAGGAGGAAUGUUUAUCAAGACUUAAGAAAGAGGAGGAAAAGAGAAAGGAACUCUCUGGCAAAUUUCAAAGUAUUUUAGCUCAUAUUAAUCAGCAAAUGAAUUUAACUCUUGAAAAGAAUGCAAAGAUGCAAGAAGAAAAUUUAGAAAUGAAUAAAUUGUUCAAAUCAUUAUGUGAUGAAGUUGCGGUUAAAGAGAAACAGCUUCUACAAGAACAUAUGCGCAUGAAAGGGGAAUUGCUUAUAGCACGUGAUAAUUUUGAAGAGGUCAAGAUAGAAGCUACAGUAGAAAAAGAGGUCUUUUUAAGGGAAAAGCAACAGCUCUUGCUUACAUUAACAGAAUAUCGAGCCCGAAUUCAAGAAUUACAAGGAGCAGAAGCUGCUAUGAAAAGUCAAAUUGACGUAUAUACCAAUAAAUAUGAUGAAUUUCAAAAUUCUCUUACAAGAAGUAACAAAGUUUGCGGAGAAUUUAACGAAGAGAUGGAAAGGAUGUCUAAGAAAAUACUUGCUUUGGAGAAAGAAACUUCUUUAUGGAAACAACGAUGGGAGAAGAGCAAUACAGUUUUUGUUGACAUGGUAUAUGAAAAGCAAGCAAGAGAAUCGGAAUUGGUGAAGUUGAAGGAAAGAUUAGCUUUGCUUCAGGACUUGUGUAGAAUGUUCCAACAUGAAAGAAGAUCCUUGAUUGCACAAUUGAAUGAAAAAAAUGCGAAGACUAAUACUGAUUCAACUACACGAACAUCUGGUGAAUCUAAAGAGAAAGAAGAUGAUUUAAAUAAAGGAUCUACACUAUUAGAAAAUAGUAAUGGACAAUUCACUCCAACGAAUAUCCUCGAACUACUUGAACAGAGAUUAGAAAUGGAAUCUAAUGUAAAUUCCACGACUGAAAAGAAAACUGAGAUAAGUUUAGAGGAAAAAAUAAUUGGCUCAUCUAUAUCUGAACAUUCACUUUCUUCUGAACCUAACUGUAAAGAUAAGGAAUUAAAGGAGAAAGAUCUUCCAGUUUCUCAGGAAAAUAGGACAGAAGAAACAUCUUUUAACGUAGAAAAAGUAGUAGAAAAUAAUUCAAAGACACAACUAAGUAUAGCAGAAUCAUCUUCUGAUAUUAAUAUUGAAAACUUAAAUGAAAAGGAAAAUAAAGAGACAAUAGAACGAAUAAGUGACAUAUCGUGUGACAAUAUUACAGAGUUAAAAUCUAGAUCGGAAAACAUUGAAAAUGAUAGUACAGUACAAAUCUCAAUACUUAAAAAAGAUGAUGUUCAAACAGAACAACAAGAGACAAAGAAUAGUAGUCGAGAAGAAAAUAAUGAGCAAUUAGUUGAGAAUAUAGAAAAUAGAUAUACUGGCAUAACUAUAUCUGAAAUAGAAACAGAGAUUACAAUAGAAGAAUGUGUUCUAAGCGGUUUAUUAAAGAAAGAUAUAGUUAACGAAUCACUAGAAUCAUCAAACAAUGAAAUAGAAAUCAAUCUGUGCGAUAAAUUGCAAGAAAUUAAUACUAUUGUAGAAAAUAUUCAAGAGAUUGAAAAGUCUGAAUCAGAAAUUUUAAAAAAUUCUUCUGAAGCGAAUACUAUUGUAGAAAAAGAAAUUAAAACUGAUACGCCUUUUUCUAAAGAAGAAGAUAACAAGUCGAUCAAGCAGAAUGUUAUGACUGCAACAAAGUAUGUAAGAAGAAAGAAGAAGUGAAAUAAAAUCAAAUAAUCAUCCAGAACAAACAAAAAAAUGGUACGAACGUUGAAAUUAUAUAUAGGAUAAAAUCAAGCAAAACUAUAUUUUUUCCUUUAUUAAUGAAAACAAUGGAAAGCUAUCCUACGGUUUUUGUUCCCUUUUUUAAAUGAAAUAUCAAAUAAGAGCAUGAUCUUUUUAGGUAAAAUACCUAAUAAGAAGUAAUGAAACGUUUAGGAACUGUAAUAGAAAACAAUUUUACAUAACUUAUAAAUAAUACUAUAAAUAUUUUAUUAAAUGAAUCGUAUUAUUCAAUACGAUUAUAUCAAUAUAUUGUUUAUUAGAAAUCUCUUAAAUUAUAAAAAGAAAAUGAUAGUGUGGGUCGUUGACAAAAAAAUAUAAAUAUAAUAAAUCUAAAGACUUAUACAUAAUUGACAAAAUAUGCUAAUGAUCAUAGCGUAUCUUAUAUUUUGUAAAUCUAAUUUUUUUCAAACCAUUAUUGUGUUAUAUAUCUUAACAUGAAAAGAUGUAGUUUUGCAAUUUUUUUUAUGAAAGAAAAAACAAAAAUAUUUUCUAAAUUCCAUGACUUCUAUAUGAUUGUCCAUAUAUUAACUUCAAUAUUUCUAGCAUUAUAUAAAAAUAGCGCGCAUUCGACAUAAAACACGAAAUUUAACUUUAUUUACGAAGUUGAUUUAUUCUUUCUGAUCACGACUGCCACACAAGCAUAGACAAUUUGUAAAGCUUACUAAUUUUAAUUAAUUUCUCAUAGAAAAGAAUUUUGAUAUUUUUUAAAUGUGUAUCAAUGUCCACAUGCUUGUGUAUGUUCGGGCAUGUAUGCGUGUGCGUGUGCGUGGGCGUGUGCGUGUGCGUGUGCAUAUUACAGAUUUUUUAUUCAUUACAGUGAAAAAUUGGGUAAACAAAUUUUAAUAAAAAUAUUUUUUAAUUUUUACUAGAAAUGUUUACACUAUAUGAGAAUAUAUUGCUUAAAAUGUCA